CGCAGAGAUGCGCACGUUUCGGCGUUCGCCGAGGGAAAAGGGACGCCGCGACCGUGAAUUCGGGACAUGAGAGCGACAAUGAAGCCCGCCAGCCUGCAAAGCAGCACUUGAGGAUCACUCGUUUCGUGCAGUACGAACAACAAAGGAUUUAGGCGGUUUACUUGUGAUUCACAUAGGAUCAAUCUCCGCUUCUAAACUUUAUCCUGAAACGAUCAAGAAGCUAUACAUUCUAUCAGCGAGAUUUGUCACCACUACUUUUAAGAGUGUUCCUUGUCCCUUUGCCUCGCCCUAAAAGGUUCUCGACGUCCAUAGUUCAGGACACGAGAGCCAUGUCAUCGGGCGCAGGUUCAAGUGGAACUAGCCGGGGGCGUAGUUCGGCGCUAGCAGACAAUAAACCAGAUAGUAAGGAAGCAAAGCCAAAUCCAAAGAUGUCAAAAGCUUUAGGAACAUCUGCCAAAAGGAUACAGAAAGAAUUGGCAGAAAUCACGUUAGACCCCCCACCAAAUUGUAGUGCAGGACCUAAGGGAGAUAAUUUAUACGAAUGGGUGUCGACUAUACUUGGACCUCCUGGGUCAGUUUAUGAAGGAGGUGUAUUCUUUUUAGACAUACACUUUUCCCCGGAAUAUCCCUUUAAACCACCAAAGGUCACAUUCCGAACACGCAUCUAUCAUUGUAAUAUAAACAGUCAAGGCGUAAUUUGCCUGGACAUAUUAAAGGACAAUUGGUCACCUGCACUUACCAUUUCCAAGGUCUUACUGUCUAUUUGUUCACUUCUAACAGACUGCAAUCCAGCGGACCCUCUAGUGGGAAGCAUAGCAUCACAGUAUCUCCAGAAUAGGGAAGAGCAUGAUCGUAUAGCACGGCUUUGGACUAAGCGUUAUGCUACAUGAACAAUUUUUCGAAAAGAUCUGCCCUUUUCAUUUCUUCAAAAUGAAGAACGGCCACUUAAAGGAGCCCAUUUAACUACACUGAAAUUUUGAUUAUUCGAAUUGACAAAUUAUUUUUAAUGAAUUAAUGAAACAAUGAUUAAGUUCUUCCGAUUAAUCGAGUGUUAUUUCUUAUCAUUUUAAUCAUCUUCCAAUUUGAUUGCGUUCUUUUAAAUUAUACUUCAUCCGAAGUUCUUUUACAUUUUCAUAAUUUACCAAUGAAAAAUUGAGCGAAUCCAGAUAUGCUCAUUGACGUGAUUUUAAUGUUUAAUUUCGGAAAAAAUAUAUGAAAAUUUUUACAAACAUUUGCCUAAUUCAUAAAUCAUUAUGGGCAUUGUUCGGCGAAUCGUGAUUUUAAGGUAAAAUACAUAAAAGAAAACAUUUUUAAAUCAAAUUAGUGACUAAAAUUGAAAGUUCGUAAGAAUGUUCUGUUAUGAAAGGUUUCAAUUUGUUUAUGUUUGAGUCGUUACGAAUUAUCAUUCGAAUAAUCAUGUUUCUAGUUCUCCGCAUCUUCGAAAAACUUAUUGUAUCUAUAUGUAUAUCGAUCGAAGGACCGCUUUAAAUGAAAGACUCUUCAAGAUCGUCGAUUCGAUCAUAGUGAUGUGCUUUUAUAUCGAGUAUGUAAAUGUGCCUAAGAUGAAUGAAUGUGCGUACAUGUGCAACCAACUCUCUUUUUCACUCUGUAACU